GUGUGCUUGUUCCAAGUCUGUCCAAGUUCUGAUAUACGUUAACCGUAUACUGUUACCUACGUGUAUGAAACUUAUUUAAAUUAACCAGUUACUAGUGUCCAUUUGAUUAGUAUUAAAAAUGUCGGCUAAAAGGUCUGCAACUACAGAAUUGAAUCAUGACAACUGGAACGAAGAACAUGAACCUGAAGAAGCAGGAACAUUCACGAAAGCAACUAACGAUAUACUCGAGAAAAGAGUUGUUAAAAGGGCAAAGCGUCGUUUGCAAGCUACAGAUAGUAAUACCAAAAGUGCAUUCGGUGCAUUUGCAGGUUUUAAAACAACAACACCCUCUGCAGUACAGAAUUCGUUUAGUUUUUUAGCUGAUAGUAAUGCUCUUAAGACAUCAAAAGCAGAUACAAAUGUUAACAAGUCUUCUGCAAGUAACGGGGCAUCUAAAGGUAGUGAAAAUGGUACAAAUAAGAAGGAUAAUUCAGAAAUACAGACACCUAGCACAACUACAAGUAAAAUAAGUGGCCAAGAAGAUCAAAAUGUGUUUAAAAAGUCUUCUGAUUAUUUUGCCAAGUUGAAAGGUUUAAAUGAAAGCGUAGCACAGUGGAUUAAAAGUCAUGUAGAUGCAAACCCAUUUUGUAUAUUAACACCUAUUUUUAAAGAUUAUGAAAGGUAUCUUAAAGAAAUUGAUGCUAAACAUGGAAAUGAAUCUGACAAAGUAACACAUACUUCAGAGCAAGACCAAUCGGAGCAUAAUAAAGUUAAUGACAACAAAGAAACUGCAAGUACAGAAAAGGAGGUUGAUAGUUCCCCAUUUGGAGGAUCAAGUACAAAAUCUCCUUUGACAUCAACAGAAUGGAAGCCUGAAAAAUCAGUUUUUGGCAGUAUUAGUGCAGGUUCUAAAUCUGUAUUUGGUAAAUCAGAGUAUACUAUAGAUAGUGGUAAGGGUAUUUUUGGUAAUGCAGAGCAAUCUACUGACACACAAAAGUCUGUCUUCGGUAAUGUUGAUAAAGCUGGUACAAAAAGUGUAUUUGGAAAUGUCAGUUCUGAAAAAAAUCCAUUCUUCAGUAAACCGUCUACAGAUAAAUCAGAAGAACAAGAUUCAACAACAGAUUCAAAAUCUACUAGUAGUUCUUUUGGUGGAACAAAUACUUUUUGUUUUGGUCAAAGUUCUACUACUAAUCCUACAACAGGCUUUAGUUUUGGAGGGGCCAAACCAUUUACCUUUGGUACUCAAGUAGUACAACCAACAGAGGAAGAUGAGGAACCACCAAAAGUAGAGAUUAAACCAAUAACAGAAGAAGGUGCCAUAUAUGAACAAAGAUGUAAAGUUUUUAUCAAAAAAGAUGGUAAUUAUACCAGUAGGGGUGUUGGAGUAUUGUUCUUAAAGCCAACGCCAAAUGAUAAAACACAAUUAAUAGUACGUGCGGAGAAUUCUUUGGGAAACUUAUUGCUCAAUACUUUAUUAACUGAAAGUAUUCCAACAAAACGUAUGACUAAAAAUUCCAUAAUGCUGGUUUGUCUACCAAAACCUGAAUCGUCACCCCCGCCAGUACCAGUCUUGAUAAGGGUGAAAACAGAAGAAGAUGCAGAUGCAUUAAUGGAUGCACUUAAUAAACAUAAGAAAUAGGAUGUAUAAUAGGUAAUAUUAGAAUCUGCGAAAGACACAUGUGUUAAUUA